AUGUUAAUAUUUGGAAUAAUCCUCAUCUCAGUUGAACUAACUUUAGGAAAACUGGUGGUUAUAGGUCCACAAGAAUUAAAAUAAGAAUUGGAUCAAAGGAGUGGAGAUAUAAAAUACACCAUAGCUAACUUUGGGUAAGUGUUAAAUAUACAGAACAAUAUAGAAAUAUACCUUGGGGUCGUAGAUUAAGUGGGACUCUUGAGAUUGCAGAUCCUUUAGAUGCUUGCACAGAAAUUAAUUAGACUGUGAAGAGCCACUUUGUACUAAUAAAAAGAGGAGAUUGCUCUUUCGUGAAAAAAGUUAGACAUGCAUAAAAUGCAGGAUAUUAAUUAGCAAUAGUAGAGAACAAUAAGGAUGAAAUAAAUGGUACCGUAACUAUGUUUGAUGACGGGACAGGAUAUGGAGUAUUUGUUACAAUAAAAUAUAGUUAUAAAUCCCCAGCAUUUUUAUAUCGAAAUCAGAUGGAGAGCUUCUAACAAAAUAUUUGAGGAUGCCAAAAACAAACUUUGAGACAGAAUAAAUUCAAUUACUCAUUAAAUUUGAUGUUCGUUAAAGAGAUAACGUAACUACUUUGUUUGCCUUGAAUAUAACAUCUGAAGAAACAUAUAAAUUUUUGAGAGAGUAUUAACCUUAUUAUCAAAAAUUGAAAGAUGAAAAAGGUAAUUGUUUCUGGUAAUAUUGUUUUAUUAGUUUCAUACAUUAUAUUGUACCCAUUGUAUCAGAUAAUUAAAACUCCAGAUAAACCAAUUGAGUAUUAAAAUUGCAUAUCUUAUGGUAAGUACUGUGCACGAGAUCCUGAUGGAUCAGGAAUAGCAACAGGCAGGAUGGUAGUGGAAGAGGCACUUAGAUAACUAUGUAUCUUUUAACAAGGUUUUGACAAAUGGUUGGCUUAUAUGGUACAUAGUAAUCAAAAUUUAGAUAUCCUUCAGAGAUAANCCCAUCCUAUUGAACAUCAGUUUGAUAAAGGGCUAAAUCUACAUCGCUUAAUUUAAUUUCUUAUGCAUUAAUUGGUUAAUUGGAUUUUGUUCUAAGUUAUAUUUACUUUUUUGGAAUAGCAAUAACUGUUGA